AUGGUGGUGAAUCCCAAAAAAACUAAGGACAUGUGGAUCAGUUUUUCCCAAUCCUCUCUUGAACCCCCACCUAUACAAACGGAUGGAAUUGAAAUAGAAAGAGUAAACUCCUUCAAACUUCUCGGUGUAUGGGUGCAAAAUGAUUUAAAGUGGAAUACCCAUGUUUGUAAAAUAACAAAAAGAGCAAAUAAGCUAUUAUUCCUUCUCAGAGAGUGUAGGAAAUCCUUCCUACCACCCGAGAUUGGUUUAUUAACAUAUACGUCGAAGAUCCGGCCAAUACUUGAAUACGCCUCUCCAGUCUGGGGUGGAAUCCCUAAAUAUCUUGAAGUAGAAAUUGAACGUGUUUAA